CCCACUGUUUGUGAACGGGAGCUCUGUGUAUUUGCUUUCCAAACAUUAGGAGUGAUGAACGAAGCUGCUGAUGAAAUUGCAACUGGGGCUCAGGUGGUUGAUCUGUUAGUAUCCAUGUGUCGGUCUGCGUUAGAGUCACCUAGGAAAGUUGUCAUUUUUGAGCCAUAUCCUUCUGUAGUUGAUCCUAAUGAUCCUCAGAUGCUGGCCUUUAACCCCAGGAAGAAGAAUUAUGACCGAGUCAUGAAAGCAUUGGACAGUAUCACCUCUAUUAGAGAGAUGACACAGGCACCUUACUUGGAAAUAAAGAAGCAGAUGGAUAAACAAGACCCGCUUGCACAUCCUCUACUACAAUGGGUUAUUUCUAGUAAUAGAUCACAUAUUGUGAAGCUACCGGUGAACAGGCAACUGAAGUUUAUGCACACUCCCCACCAGUUCCUACUUCUCAGCAGUCCACCAGCCAAAGAAUCCAAUUUCCGAGCUGCUAAAAAUCUCUACGGAAGUACCUUUGCAUUUCAUGGUUCACACAUUGAAAAUUGGCAUUCCAUCCUGAGGAACGGCUUAGUUGUUGCUUCUAAUACGAGGCUGCAGCUCCAUGGUGCAAUGUUUGGAAGUGGAAUCUACCUUAGUCCAUUGUCAAGCAUAUCAUUUGGUUACUCAGGGAUGAACAAGAAGCAGCAGAAGGUGUCAGCUAAAGAUGAACCAGCUUCAGGCAGUAAGAGCAGUAAUACAUCACAGUCCCAGAAGAAAGGACAACAGUCACAAUUUUUGCAAAGCCGUAACUUAAAAUGCAUAGCCUUAUGUGAAGUGAUAACCUCAUCCGAUCUGCACAAACAUGGGGAGAUAUGGGUAGUUCCCAAUACGGAUCAUGUGUGUACAAGAUUUUUCUUUGUUUAUGAAGAUGGUCAAGUGGGUGAUACAAGUAUAAAUACACAGGAACCAAGCAUUCAUAAAGAGAUUCUUCGAGUCAUUGGCAAUCAAACUGCUACUGGUUAAAAGGACCACUCUUAUUUAAUUGAUGUGAUUUGGAAGCCUUCCUCAGUCUCAAAGCUGGAUUUUGAACUGAAGAAGAUGCAAAAACCUAAUUUAUUAUUACUAUUCUAAGCAAAUUAACCCUUUGAAUACUUACUGUUUUCUUACUUAGUAUUUCUUAUCUCACCAAAAUACCUGAGAUGGUAUGAAUUAGCAACAGUAGGGGUGCAAAGUCUAUUAAUAUACUACAACUAAUAAUAAUUAAACAGGCAUUUGAGUUGCUCACAAUAAAAAGACUUU